UUCUUUGGUCAACUCGGCGAUGAUACUCAGCAUUCGCCAUCUUUGAGAGACAUUCGUCGAAUAUACAUUCCAGCUUUUAGUAAUAUUACUCCGUAGCAUCGUUCAAGUAAACCAUUGUGACAUACGAGCAUUUCGACUGAGAUGCGCCAUUGCACGCGAGUGUACUCCCUGAGUGUCUGGCUUGACGAGAACAGCUGGGAAGAAAGAAUGGAGUAUCGCAAACGGAAGGCCAGGGAUUCGCAUAGCAGCGAACGAGAAAACAAAUACAGAAGAACUCACCGACAUCACAAGACUAAUGACGGGUUCUUCCUGGAGAACCGAAGUUUAAACUACAGUCAGGACUCGAGGUUCAGGGAGACCUGGGAACACAGUUCGGACAUAGCCUGUGCAGAGGACAACCGUGACUACACCUUCAAGGACAGAGAUCGUGACUGGCACCAUUACAGCAAGUCAUCUGGGCGCAGCGGGUGGAGUCGGAGGAGCAGACGAAGCAGACACAGAGACAGAAGACACAGGCGGAGCCACUCUCGCCACAGGUCUUCCUCGAGGAGGAGCCAUCGCCGCAGGAGCAGGAAGAGAUCCAGGAGUGUUGAGGAUGAUGACGAGGGUCACCUCAUCUAUCACAAUGGAGACAUGCUGAAAGCGAGAUAUGAGAUUGUGUGUACUCUUGGAGAAGGUGCCUUUGGGAAGGUUGUCGAAUGCCUUGAUCACCUAAAUAAUGGUGCACGGGUGGCUCUGAAGAUCAUAAAAAACAUUGAUCGCUACCGCGACGCAGCAAAGUCUGAGGUCGCUGUGCUUGAACAUCUAAAGUCCCUGGACUCUCAGGGAAAAUACGCUUGUGUUCACAUGCUGGACUGGUUUGACUACCACGGACAUGUCUGCAUUGCCUUUGAGCUGCUCGGCCUCAGUACCUAUGAUUUCCUCAAGGAGAACAAUUUCAUUCCUUUCCCCAUAGAACACAUCAGGAAAAUGGCCUAUCAGAUCGUUCGUGCUGUUAGAUUUCUGCAUAAAAAUAAGUUGACUCACACAGACCUGAAGCCUGAGAAUAUUCUCUUUAUUGAUUCACAAUAUGAUCUGGAUUACAAUCCAACAAAGAAACGAGAUGAACGUACAUUGAAGAGACCUGAUAUAAAAAUAGUGGAUUUCGGGAACGCUACCUAUGAACAUGAGCAUCACACAUCUGUGGUGUCCACACGUCAUUACCGUGCCCCUGAAGUCAUUUUAGACCUAGGCUGGGAUCAUUCCUGUGAUAUCUGGAGUGUGGGAUGUAUCCUCAUCGAAUACUACCUCGGUUCAACUCUUUUCCAGACUCAUGACAGCAAGGAACACCUUGCUAUGAUGGAGAGGGUCUUGGGCCCGAUUCCUGCAAAUCUCCUUCAGAAAACCAGGAAGCAGCGGUAUCUUCACCGUUGCAAGCUGGACUGGGAUGUCGACAGCUCCGGUGGCCGAUAUGUCAGGAAACACUGCAAACCACUCAGGCGUUACAUGGUGUCUCAAAGCGAGGACCACCAGCAGCUAUUCGACCUCCUGGAGAAGUUAAUGGAGUACGACCCAGCUAAGCGCAUCACGUUGGAUAAGGCACUCCAACAUAAAUUUUUCUCCUGCUACCACAAGAGCAGCAGUGCAAGCGGGAGCUCCAGCAAAAAGCACUGAACUCCUGAAGUGUGUCGUCAUGUGGCAUCUUCAACACUGCGCUCAGUUCCGGCCUCAACAUCCUCACUCUCCAGGAGAGGUCAACAUACAUGACUGCAUCAGUCCUCUCCCGUCCUUGGCCAAAACUCAUUCACAUCUCACCAUUUGUAUGUAAUGAAUCACCAACUAAUGCCUAUUUAUUUGCCAUUUAUAAUGUUCUGGCAGAGCUGUAGAUUUGUAUUGUUAAUUGUUGGUCCAAACAGUCUGUUCUUUUUGCAUUGUACAGUUCCUAGUCAGUAGUAUCAUUGAUUGUCAAUAAACAAAAAUUGUCUCCACAGCAUUGUAUUGUAAAAAGUUAUAUUAGGCAGAAAAAUCUUUGUACUGUACAUAGAAUUUUUUUUGCUGUCUUGCAGUCCCUUUUUUCAAUAAACAUGUCAAACACUG